CCUUUUCGAUUUUUUCAACUUCCUAUCUCUCUCUUUCUUCGCCAUUCUCUCUCUCUCUCCAUUCAUUAUCUCCCUCGCCUCGUCUACGUGUUAGCUGAAGAUUCCAGGAGACCAGCGUCGAUGACCAACGCUUCGUCGUCGUCGGCUAUGACGAGGAUGAAGGACGAGUGGAUGACGGCUGCGCUGAUGUGCGACCAGAUGGUGGCGGAGCUUCUGUUAAGGCUGAAGCAGGCGAAGACGACGGCGUCAGAGAAUCCGGAGGUGAUCCUGCCUCCAUUUCGGUGGGGCGUUCGUCAGAGGCGAUCUCGUUACUCGAGAAUAGCCGGCGUCUUCGUUGCCGGAGGCCCGAUGGAGAAGGAGGCGGAUUCCGUCAGAGGCAGUCCCAUGACUCCGCUAUCGUGGAGCGGCGGAUCCGGAAGUGGCCGUUGCUCCGUUUCUCCUUCCUCCGCCGCAACUGCCGAUGGAUUCGAGGGGACCAGCCGUCAAGCUAGCUGCUCCACAUCUGCAGGAUCCGGAUCCAAGGCUCUCCCCGCAAAUGAAAUAAUCAGUUCCUUCUCUAAGAGAUCUAAGAGAAAGAAGACGUUUCCUGAGCUCAAAGACGAAGAAAACUUGCUGUUGAAUGAAAGAUCGAGUCUGGAAAUGGAGAUAGCAACCAUGCGAACCAAUAUAAAGGAACAGACAGCAACAAAUGAAAUCUUGAAGAGGAUUAAGUUCGACUUGAGAUCAGAUUGUGCGAUCCAAGAUCACGAUCUGAUCAUAGAAUCAAAUCUCGAUCAGGCUUGCAACCCGAUCCCUUCGCGGAGGCACGAGACUUCUCUGGCCGAAGAAGAACCCAUCUCAGGUUAUUGCAGAAGCGGCUGUUCUGAUGGAAGCUUCUUCUUCUUGCUGCCUGAUCUAAACACGGUACCUUCUUCUGAGGAUGAUGUCUGUACGGAGACAUUGUACGACGCGAGCUAAGUUAAUACAACCCAUGUUCGGAUCACAUAGCUUCCACGUUUCGUGGUUAGAGGUUUUAUUCCUCCCUCCCUCUCUCGCGUUCUGUAGAGUCCAUCACCAUUUUCUAGGGUUCUUCUUCUUCUUCUCCUUCACCUUCUUGGGAGCCUGAAUUUUUCCGGCGCUGAGUAGAAUUUUUUUCCAUUUUGUUUUUAAUUCGUUGUAGUUAAAAAUUAAAUGUACAGUGGGAAAUUGUCGUUACAAAGCUUUAAUUUUUUUUUACCA